GUUAUCGAUGACGGUCGUAGAAUAUAACAAAUUCCCUCAAUUUACCUAAAUUGUACUGCAUUGUUGCGAUGCUAUUGUCAGAGGAUCGCUUGGAGCACUACAAAACCAGUUUGGAGCAGCAGUUAAAGCAUUUGGCCACCACCAUAAGGAGCUAUCUAUGCCUUAAGUCUGCGACGACGCCUCAAUUGUCGAACCAAGCGAAUCGGUUGUGGGAAUUGGGCCAACGUUAUCGACUGGUCACGGGUUCCAAUCAAGUUGCCACAUUUGCGCUUCUUUCGGUGUGCCACGAUGUUUACCGUAGCCUGCAGGACAGCAUAUCGAAACUGGUUUCCGAGCUAGGGCAGAUAUCCGCCCAAGUAACUGACUUCGAGAUUGAGUGCCUGCACCUAUGUAAUGAGCAGCAGCAAACCAAAACACCUGCAGCAUUGACAGAAUUCAGAAAUUUCCUGGAGGAAUCGCUGAAACUGCUGCAGAACCAGGUUAAAUACCUAGAGCUUCAUCUUAGUCAGCUGCAACCCAAGUUUUCCGCACCCGAAUCCUCGUUGGAGUCCUUCAAAUCCGAUCUCCAACUGCCGGAACCUGCAGAAGCACGCAUUACCCUUGGAUUGGCCAAAAUAGAGAGACUGUCCAGUUUUCCGCUGACUUUGUAGGGAAAAUUAGGCUUAAGGAAUAUAGAAACAUAUGCACCUCAGUGGUUUUAAACCAUAAUUUGCUAUACAAUGUUUUAUAUAUUAACUAACUGAGCUAUUGACUUUUAUUAUAAAAAUGUUACGUAUAUUUUCUGUGCAGCUCCAGCAGUUCAAAUAUUUAAACUAUUUUUUAUAC